UCUUUGAGGCCACGCCCUGUUAGUAGGGUGUGGCCCAGAACACAAACCCGCGGAGCAACAGCGUCUGUAACAACAGCACCGAGCGGAAUGUGUCCUGCGUGUGAGACAUGAAUAUAUGACCGAUCGAGUGUCGAUAGAACCGGGAUCGAGUGUUGGAACGUGUGGUCGUGGGGGGGCCUCAGGAUGCUGGUGUUGCUGCUGCUGCUGCUGGGGGGGGCCGCCUCUGUGGACGCGGAUGAUUACUAUUCGAAGCAUUAUGGGGACACAGUCAGUGUCAGGAUGUGGAGUCAUGCUCUUUCAAUCAAGUUCAUCCCUGAAGACACCGACUCAGAGUCAGUGAUCUUAUGGAAACUCGACGACCCUUCGGUCCCCGUGGACAGCAGGCGGAGUGUCUCUAAUGGCUACUUGGAGAUCAAAAAUCUAACCUCGAAAGACAAUGGCGUCUACAAAAUGAUGAAGAAUGAGAGAGUCCUGAAGUCAUGGUCCGUUGAGGUCACAGUAAAGUAUGAAUACCUUGAGCUGAAGUCUGGUGAAGAACUCAGAUUCACAUUUCCUCUGGUCAAAGAGCAAUGCAACAUCCACUUCUUCUCAAAGAAAAAGGAACAUGAUCUGACGAGGUUUGACACCCAGCUAGUUCGUAACGGCAGAAUGGUUGAAACCAAUUCACUCUGCAAUGGCUUUGAAUUUGUAAGGCCGUGCGGGUUGGAGAUGGAGAUGCAUGAGUUGUGCGACGGACGCUUUGAGGUCAGAGAUCAAUAUGAUGAAAUCGCCUUGAACGUGUACGUGGAUUGGAUGGCCGAUCCUUUUAAUUUAGGCUACAUUGGAAUUUGCGUUGGUGCUGCCCUGGGUGCAGUGAUCUGCUGCUGCUGUGUGAAACGCUGCUGCUGCAAAGGCUCCAAGAAAAAGGACUCUGCUGCCGCUGAAGUGCCUGUGGCUUACAACGAGUAUGUCCAGGAGCCUGUGGCACUGAGGCCAGCGCAGCCCACACCGCACCCUGUGACAUACUACACCCCCCCUCAGCCCUCCCAAGCUCCGACUGGCCCGCUGAUACACAAUCCUACUAUAGUGAAUGGGCCACCUGCUUAUUCUGAGGGUUCGGCUCCAGCAGAGCCGGCAAACGCCCCCACUUCCUCUCUGCUCUCUGACUCUGGGCUGCAGUUUGAACUGAAGGGAAUGCAAUUUCCCUGUGCUUCCCCUCUCCACGCAGAGUCAACUUACAACAGCGUUUAUACCUCCAACAAACUGGACUUCCUCUGAAAGCCUUGAAUUUGAACACUGCACUCAUUGAAUGAAAGGUUUGACAUUGGGGAUAUAUGCCUCAUCCGGUCGUCUGGGAACUGGCUCCAGCCAAUAAAUAGUCACACAGCCUUGUUCAUAAGAACAUAAUUUAACAAGAAAAACACGGUAAUCUCUGAUUUUUAGAAACACUAAUGAGUUUAUUCAAAUACCUAAACACAAAGCAGAGAUAUGUUUUAACUGCCUAUUACUAUUGCCCAUGUCUGAGCUAGCCUAACCAACUGCUGGCUGUACUUAAUCAGCAGUCAUACAGGUUAUAGGGAACCGACUCUGAGAGACACUCAUCCAUUGCAGAUUCCAUAAAGCUCCAAUGUGCCAAAUUUGACCAGACUGUGUAAACGAUCAAGGAGAAAGGGAAGACCAUAGGUUUCACAUUUAUUUGAGAUUACUCUGAUCUUCGAAAGCCAUGUGUGACGAGCAGUGAGUUUAAAGCCAUAGGAAAAAGAAGAUCCACUCUCAAUAGCAAGUCUUUCUGCAGGUCUUGUCAGGAAUACCUCAUCUGUUACAGACCAGUUUGCCUGUGAAAAACCUGCAUCAGGGAAGCUGUGGAUGUUUACUCACAUUUGUAGAGAUACAAAACUACUAACUGACAAUUUUUCUCAGGUCCGUCCACGCACAGACUCAAAUGGUUUCUUUUUAAUUGAAUGAAAAAAGACUGUUUGAUAACUUUAAAGAUAUCACAAACCGAGGUUGCUUUUUUUCCAUUAGUCUUCCGAUGAAGACUUUAACACGCCUCUACACCUCUGUGCCGGACUCAUAUUAGCACCGGGCCUCGAACCAGCAACUAAACACGAAUGUAGACGCUAACACGUGCUCACUUAACCUUCUUUCUGCAUGUCUCCUCCCUCUCAUAUAUGCACUGAAUACAACAGUAGAUUUGUAUUUAGCUUUUACGACCCAUGUCAUAGUUAUUCAAUUAGUUGUCGUCGUACACUGCAUGUCGUAGUGCUUUAAAUUUUGUAGAUGGGUUCGAUGUUGUUGAAACUGUAGUUGUAAAGCAUGUUAGAAUCCUGUCUUUGUAUCAUGGUGUAUUUUACAAUGUCAGGAGUAUUAAACCUUCAAUAAUGAA